AUGUAUGACCAGGCUAUUGAACAACAGGCGGAGCGCACUCCCCUCAUUGCCUCUGUGCAAUGGCAUCUGCAACGAGGCAGCCACGACAUUGGAAUCCGAUGUAGCGAGAACUAUGACCCUCAACUUGGACCACAGAGCGCUCUCUUUCGUGGGGAGCCGCAGAAAUAUCUCGUGGCAAGCGAAUAUCGCGAACGAUAUCGUUGA